UUGCUCACAACUCCUUUCACGUUUGUGGCAAUUUUCAAUCGUAAAUUUUAUAUUUGGUUCAUUUAAUGACACCAUUGUGCUUUAUAUCUCGCAUUUUACGCAACUUGUGAGUGUAGUAACAUGUCAGAUUCACAACUGUUAUUGGAGGGUGGCACCUCAUGACAUGUCUUAAGUUACUGGUUUACAGCUCCUCUCUGUAUACCCGGUGCAGGUUCUUUUCUAACGAAGCAUCAACCUGAGAGACCAUGAGGCUUCUGGCUGUCACGUUUCUAUUGGGUGCGCUCACGACGGGUGUUCAUUCCGCGUGCGAUGAGGGCCUCGCUCGGAUGGUCUUGGUGGACUGCGCAACCGAAGCAACACAGCUGAAGCCGGAAUUUGCGAAAGCUGGGUACUGGACGCAAGUGGACACAUCUGAUGUGUCCCAAGUGAGGAGUGCAUGCUGCGUUCAGAAGGCAUUAACAAGGUGCCUCAGACAGAAACUCACCGGGGAGUGUGCAUCGCUUAGUGAAGCCAUGAUCAAGAAGAUGCGAGCACAAAGGAAAGAGACUCUGCGUAACCGCUGGAAGUGUGACGUUUUCACACGCUACUGUUGAGGAGCAGGAUGUUUGCCCCCACCAGGGCUCAAAGUGUCAGGACGCAUCCAAAAAGUAUGCUGAUCCCUGCACACUGGAAAUAAAUUUGUUCAGUCCGCAUAAA